AUGGCGACACGGUGCUCAGCUGCUUUGCGUGCAAUCUCCCGGACACGCUGCGUCCCUCGGUCAAAUGUAUUCGCGAGCACGUCAAGAUAUUUCGCCACGGCGGAAAAAAUACCCGCCUCUUCCUCCACCCCACCACCACCACCGACUUCGUCUGACCCAAAGCUCACGAAAAUUGUCGAUGACAUUUCGGGUUUGACGCUCCUGCAGGCAGCGGAUCUUGUGACGUUGCUCAAGACGCGCCUGAACAUCCAAGAGAUUGCUAUGCCCGCAGCCGCGGCCGCAGCGCCAGCAGCUGCUGCUCCCGAGGAGGCAGAGGAGGAGAAGCCGAAAGAGAAGACCGUGUUCAACGUCAAACUCGAGUCCUUCGACACGACUGCGAAGCCGAAAAUUAUUCGGGAAGUGAAAGCACUUGUCCCGAAUUUGACGCUCAUCGAGGCGAAGAAGUUCGUGGAGUCACUGCCGAAGAUCCUGAAGGAGAACCUGUCGAAGGAGGACGCAGAGAAGCUCCAAAAGACAUUCCAGGACCUCGGGGCUGUUGCCGUGCUAGAGUAG